UUAAGGGCUAACACGAGCCGUCCUCCGUCCUAAGCAAUCUAGAUUUUUACAUCGCGAAAUAGAAACUAAACGAUUUUUUGUUUAUCGGCCCGGUCGGGUUUUCCCCCAGUCUAAUACGGUUUCGCGAUUUUCGGCGGUUUUCGUACCACCGCCGUCCGCUGGGCUGACCAACGGCUAUCCAUGGUAAUGGAUCUGGAAGUGCAACUAAGGGCUGCAGAAGUCAGAAAGUCGGAGUUGGAAAGAGCCCACGCGGAGGCAUUGGCGGCAUUGAGAAAUUGUGGUCCUGACCUGUUGGAAGCCAGACAGUCCAAAGUACGAGAACUGGAGAAAAAGGUUGCUUUGGAAACGGUCAGAUGCGAAGAGUUACAGUUGGAGUUGGCGGCAUCUCAGCGUAGCCGGGGCCAGCAGCAUCUCGGUGUGACGACGUCGCAAUCGACGGCGUCGUCGGCCGUCGCGGCGGCCUCGCCGCAGUGGUCUACUACGGCGAUCGCGGGUGGAACUGGCGGUGGAGGCGUUGGAAUCGGGGUUGGUAGUGGUGGUGGUGGUGGCACGAAGGGCAACGAAAUUGAGCGCAUCAUGGCAAAGAUUGAACAGGAUAACCGAAUCCUUGCUGAGCUCGAUCACAGUCGUUCUACGACGCUUGGAUUCCACUCAAAUUUAAACAACCAUGGCAUAAACGAGAGCAGUCCAACUAUAUCUCCAAUCAACGUUUCUCAUACAAUUCCUUUGAUGUAUUCCUCUUCCGGGAUUUCCGGUACGAACAAUGCCUCCGUGGGCUUUUUGCCGCCCAGCUCGAACUACAAUAGCAGCAUAUCAUCCCCGUACCAUAGUCUUGGUCACUCUUACUCCGCCAAAAGCAACCUGAUUGGUGGUGGACUCUCAACGUUGAGUCAGCAAACGAGUAUAGGUUUAGGACACACGAGUUCAGCUUUAGGUCAGAUAGGACUUGGACAGUCUGGAAUUUCCCAGCCUGGAUCCUUGGGUCAGACAUCGUUAGGACAACUGGGUACUUUGGGCCCUACGUCCGGUUUAGGACAAAACAUAUUAGGACAAAAUUUAGGAUCAAGUCUUGGUGCUACUACAUCCGUUAGUUUGGGAACAUCCCUUCUCGGUAACACUACGCUUGCUACGUCGAUUCUUCCGCCUUCGACGUACACCACAAGCAAUGUCACGAAUGUUCCAUUUCCCCACAAUCCCACGUCCCUUCCUCAGGUGGCCUUUAAUCCGAACACCAAUCUCAGUCAGUACGCACUGACAUACAAUCCCGUGCCCCCAACCACCUCCUACAGUAAUAAUGUUACUUUUUCUAAUCCUCUCACGUCGCAAUUCAACAAUAUGAAUCUUAGUGGACCGUCUGCAAUGUCGAUAAAGUUGAAACCAUUUGAAGAAGUCGAACUGGGAGUAGGUAGGCGGGCAGCGACACCCGUUACGCCUUAUCCCCCUUCGUGGGCUUUGGCAUCUUCCAUAGGGAUAUCCGAAAACCGACCGGUUUCUAGGAUGAUGCCCGAUGGACUUGAAUCAGAUUGGAGCGCAAUGCAUGGUAGUGAAAAGAGCUACCUAAAUGGCCACAAUACCGAAGGUCAAGUCGAUAUGUUAGACAUACCAGGAAAGGGGAGAUGCUCGGUAUAUAUAGUCAGGUUUUCAUAUGAGCCCGAACCAGAUGCAGAAGAAGAAUUAUCUGUUCAAGCUGGAGAUUACAUUUUGGUGUGGGGAGAACCGAUAGGUUCGGGUGGUUAUUUGGAUGCAGAAACGUUGGAUGGUAGAAGAGGCCUUGUCCCUUCCCAUUUCGCCCAGAGACUUAUAGGUGACGAUCUCCUUGAGUUCCAUCAAGCAGUUCUUUCCACAUUACGCGAAGAGGAAAUAAAUGCAGAAGCGUAUGCUGCUGAUUUACAAAAAUUGAACGAAUUGGCAGAGAUGUCUGAGGGCCAAGAAGACGAUAACACCGAUAGUGACCAAGCUGACCUCUUCUUCUCGGUGCUAGUUCCCGCACCCAAGAACUUGACGUUGGAGCGUCAGCUGAACAAGAGCGUACUAAUUGGAUGGACUGCCCCUGAGACCGGCCCUGGCAAUCAAAUCGAAAGUUAUCACGUCUACGUGGACGGCGUACUGAAGACGACCAUCAAGGCCACCGAGAGAACAAGAGCCCUUGUGGAAGGGGUCGACAGUAAUAGGCCUCAUCGGAUUAGCGUGAGAUCGGUCACGGCGAAUCGUCGAACGUCACGCGAUGCAGCCUGUACAAUGAUCAUAGGUCGUGACACGCAUCAAUUGGGUCCGACGGCUGUCCGAGCGACCAAUGUUACAGCCACAUCGGCCGUAAUCAGUUGGUUACCUGCCAAUUCCAACCAUCAACACGUUGUGUGUGUCAAUAAUGUGGAAGUUCGGACAGUCAAACCUGGAGUGUAUCGGCACACGAUAACCGGCUUGACUCCAAAUACCCAAUAUCGUGUAACGGUUAGAGCCAAACAUCAAAGACACAACCAGAACGUUCUGAACAUUGCGGACGACUUGCCCAUACCGGCAGCAGCUCAUACCGACUUUAGAACAUUACCAAAAGGGCUUCCAGAUCCUCCCAGUGAUAUACUGGUAGAACCAGGUCCCCAAGAUGGAACCCUUCUAGUGACUUGGCAUCCGGUACAAUCCCCUCAUCACGUGGGGUCGACAAUAACCGGUUAUUCCGUCUUUGCAGACGGUAAAAAGGUAACAGACGUUGAUUCGCCGACUGGUGAUCACGCAUUGAUAGAUAUCAGCAAACUUCUCGGUUUAAAUCCGAGACAUGUGACCGUACGAACUAAAGCUCGGGACAGUCAAUCCGUCGAUUCCAUCCCAACACCCAUACCGCCCACAGUUCUUAGGGGUGGAGUUGCAAGGGUGAGACAGAAACCUCAUUCCGCUGUUCCCAUACAUAUGAGACAGCAACAGGGAAACCAACAAAGACCACAACAAGGGCAACAGAUUAUAGAACACGACGAGAAUCUAAGUGACAAGGAAAUCUUUCCUAACAGUAACAUUCAUCGGCAGCAAUCUAGCAUACCUUCUAUAGCCCAGCGCUCAUCCGUUGCAGAAAUAACUAAAGAGUCUUUUGAAACUAAUUUAUCUGAGGACGAGAUGCAAGACAGGCGCAUGCAACGUCAGCGUCAAUAUCAACCUUACAAUCAGCCACAGCAAAGGUCUGACCAGCAACAGCAGCAACUAACGCCUCAACAACAGCAGCAAGUUCAGCAGCAACAGCAACAGCAGCAGCAGCAACAACAGCAGCAGCAAUACUACCAACAAAGUCAACAAAAUCAAAGAGGAACCGGAUUAAACAGAGGCGGACAGCAGAAUCAAAUGGGUAGGAGCGGUCAGCCGAAUCAGCAACUGGGCAAUCAACAAAUGAUGCCCAAUCAACCACCAAUGGCGCAGAAAAGGGCACGAUGGUUUGUGGCUCUUUUUGAUUACGACCCGGCCACCAUGUCCCCUAAUCCUGACGCUUGCGAAGAAGAGCUGCCGUUUAACGAGGGCGACACAAUCAAGGUGUGGGGAGACAAAGAUGCAGACGGAUUUUAUUGGGGAGAAUGCAGAGGUAGAAGAGGAUACGUACCGCAUAAUAUGGUCAUGGAAGUGGAAGGUGGAGGCCAGAAUAGAGACCGAUGGGGUGAUAUUUACGCCAAUAUGCCGGUCAAAAAAAUGGUUGCCCUGUAUGACUAUGAUCCUCAAGAGCUUAGUCCAAACGUUGAUGCCGAGCAGGUGGAACUGUCGUUCACAACCGGUCAAAUAAUUAACGUUUAUGGAGAAAUGGACGACGAUGGUUUCUACAUGGCAGAAAUCGACGGUGUCAGAGGUCUAGUGCCUUCUAAUUUUUUGACAGAAGCUCCAGAUCAGUACGGCGCUGGACAAACCUCACAAACCAUGGGUCCGCCGGGGCGUAAUCAAAGAGGACGAGGGCAUGGACCGGGCGCUAGAGGUCCUCCUCCCCCGCCCAGAGACAACAGACAAAGGAAGGCAGAUGCCUGCCCUACUGUGUUACCCUCUCAGUUAGACAAUGUCAACACAGCGACACCGAACACACAAGUCUUCACCGAGCACCAGGCGAGGGCGAGAGAGGGGGUGAUCGGAACGAGAGGUGGUAAUUUGUCACAAAGCACCAACCAGCAACAACUUUCGAAUCAACAGAGCUACGCACAGCCUCCUGCAGGUCAAACUGGAGGCAUUUUCGGCAAUCAAAACACCAUGGGACAAACACCUUUCAGUGGUCAGAGUGGUAGUGGAAGUGGCCAGCAAGGUUUUAGUGGCAGCAAUCAACAAGGAUUCGGUGCAAGUGGUCAACAAAUGUUUGGAGGGGGCAGUCAACAGCAACCGUUUGGUACCAGCAGUCAGCAAACAUUUGGAGGAACACAACAGGCGUUUCCUGGUAGCAGCCAACAAGGUUACGGUGGUGGAGGACAACAGGCUUUCACGGGUAGUGCUGGGGGACAAAUUGCGUCGAGGUUAAUGCAUAAAGGAGUUCCUCAAGUUGUACCAAACGUUAAUUCGGCACCGAUGAAUCAACAACAGCAGCAGCAGCAACAGCAGCAACAACAACAACAGCAGCAAACAAAUCAACAACAAGGACCCAACCUCAUGCAAAAGCUGAACGAAAUUACGGCGCCAGGUGGUGAUAUAAUCUCAAAAGGAAAGGAACUGAUUUUUAUGAAAUUCGGAUUGGGAGGUAAAUAACCAUGCACAUUACCACUGUUACGUAUUGUGUUAUAUUAUCAGCUGUUUUUGAAACCCACAACGUUACACUAAAUUAAGUCAACUAAAUAGUAAUAGUAUAUUAAGGGCAAUAAUCGGAAGCAAGGCAAAUUUUCUUGCAAAACAACAUUUACUUGGACAGAGAAAAAUUAAAAAAUUUAAAUGAAAAUGGUUUUAGAUUUACUACAAAUUUUAAGUUCUUGGGUUAUCUACUUAUCGUUCAAUUUAAAAUAAAAAACUAUCAGUAUUAUGCUGUAUGCCAGCUGCAAAUAAAUAAAUAAUUAUUUCAGUACAAAUUUGACCAAAUAUAUAGUUUAGUCUAAUUAGAUAGAAGAGAAACGAUCGUUGUUAAUAUGUAAAUAAAUAAACAAAUAGGUUUCAGAAACAGCUUUUAUGGCACAACUUUGUUAUUAAUUAUUAUUGACUAGAUAAUAUGCUGUUGAAUAUAAAGUGCACAUUUGGACAUUGAAAAAUUAUAAAUUUGUCGUCGUACA